CCGCCAAUUCCUUUCAACUUUUCCCUCCAUUUUCCCAAUUCCCAAACACCCUUUUCCCAUUUCUUCAAUCCCUCCCUCCCUCCAUGUCUUCCCCGCGCUUCCGAAUCGGCUACGCCCUUUCCCCCAAAAAGGAGCGUUCAUUCAUCCUCCCUUCACUCAUCGACUACGCCAAACUCCAUGGCAUAGACCUUGUCCGCAUCGACCCUCUUCUCCCUCUUGUUCAUCAGCUCCCCUUUCACUGCAUCAUCCACAAGCUUUACGACCCCUCCUGGGUUCAAAAAUUACACGAUUUCACUUCCCAAUUCCCUGAUGUCAUCAUUAUUGACCCACCUAAGCUAAUCUCCCGCCUUCUCAAUCGUGACUCCAUGCUUCAAGUCGUCAAUGACGUCAAAAUCCCUAAAGGGGUUGAGCGAAUUGAGACACCCAGACAAGUUGUGGUGAAUGAUUUGGAUAUCAUAAUCAAAGAUGGGUUGAAUGCAUUUCGCGAUUUGGGGCUCAAAUACCCUGUAAUCGCCAAGCCCUUGGAGUCCGAUGGCUCUGCAAAAUCGCAUCAAUUGAGCUUGGUGUCGAACGAUAACGGAUUAAAGGGAUUAAACCCACCAAUUGUGCUGCAAGAAUUCGUCAAUCAUGGCGGUGUUGUUUUCAAAGUGUAUGUCGUCGGGGAGUGCGUGGUGUGCGUAACGAGGAAAUCUUUGCAGGACAUUUCGGCGGAGGAGGUCGAGAAAUUGGAAGCGGUUUCGAGGUUUUCGCAGAUAUCAAAUUCAGGGGCUCAAGAGGACGACGAGGGUAAUGUUGAAAUGCCAUCUUUGGAUUUUGUGAUGCAUGUGGCUGCUGGGUUAAGGGAAGCAACAGGGCUUAGGCUUUUUAACUUUGAUAUGAUUAGGGAUAGUAAUGAUCUGAAUAGAUAUCUUGUGAUUGAUAUUAAUUACUUACCUGGGUAUGCCAAAAUGCCUAACUAUGAGCCUUUCUUGACCAAAUUUUUCUUGGAUAUUGUUCAUAAACCGAGUGAUGGGGUAGCCUUUAGUUCUUCCAAUGUCAAUGAAAAUGUGGUAAUGUUCUGUUGAAUGGGAAUGCAGUAACCAAAAUAAAAGUAUCGCUUUUGCUUUGAUUUCA